ACCAAUCAAAAUGACUGCGUGGAUUGAUAGGCCAAUAGGAAACAGUGGGAAAAUUAAGGUCAAGGUCGGACAUUAACGUUAUACUUUUAGCCUUUUGGACGUGUCUUGGUAAACAAGUUGAUAACGUAAGCUUAAACUCUUUUAUUUUGCCAAAGUCGAGAUUGUGAACAAGAUGAGUUCCCAGGCACCAGCUAUCGAUACGAGUCCAAUAACGCUGACCAGGUUUCUCCUAGAAGAGCAGCGGAAAGUGGUUGGGGCGACUGGAGAUUUCACAGCGUUGAUGAAUUCAGUGCAAACCGCUGUGAAGGCCGUGUCAUCAGCAGUUAGGAAAGCUGGCAUUCAUAAAUUAUAUGGCAUUUCUGGUGUUACCAAUGUUACCGGUGAUGAGCAGAAAAAGC